AUGGAUUCUGAAGAUGUGCAUCCAUCUCAGCAAGCGGCAUCGACAUUCCAGCCAUAUGUCACCCCUACGCACCUCCAGACGCUACUCAGGAUCAAAGAGGAUGAAAAAGAGAGUUACUUGAAAUCUCUCUUUCCCCCCAGAGUUGCUCAACCAGACAGUUGCACGAGCUCGUUUAUGAGCACAAGCGUCGUCCCUCCCAAUGCCCUAACGCCGUGGAUAGCAGUGAAUCGUAGACGAGGAGGUCAUCCUAGACCACCCAGAAAGCUCGCUGCACGUCCUUUGGCUGAGGCAAGCACCUCACUCCUGACGGGUGGCACACAGGACUGGAAGAAUUGGUAA